GCCACCUCUAUGACUCAUAUUCAUUGUAUUUAUUCCGAAGGAACACGCUGAUGAAAUUUUAAAAUAUCUUGAGUCUUGGACAAGAAAACUUUUAACUUGAAUUGAAGAUAAAAAUAAAACACAAAAUGCCUGCAGAGGAAAUGGCCAACUUGACACUGGGAGCAAUUUACACUUCCGAAAAGACGGGAAGUGAUGACAGCGGUGAUGGUUCAGAAUCCAAACCAUACAAAACAAUCCUCCAAGCUAUGCGUCAUGCUGGCAAGGAACCUUUCCCUGUCAUUUAUGUCGACAGCAAAGAUCCCGAAGCUGUCGAAAAAUACGAAGUGGCUGCAAAAUCACAAUUGAAAAAAAUCCAAAAAAUUUGGGUACGCGAAAACUACAAGAGUGCCGACAAGGAGAAACGUGAAGCCGAAGAUGCCGAGAAACGAGAUAAAAAUUUGGAAGAAGCUAAGAAAAUUGUAAUAUCUGAGGAUCCUUCAUGGUCGAAGGCAGAGAAAAUUCGCAUUUUCGAGGGUGGUGACAAUCGUGGAAAACGUGUAAAAAUCUGUGGUUGGGUACAUCGCCUCAGACGUCAAGGCAAAGGUUUGAUGUUCAUUACAUUGCGUGACGGUACUGGUUUCUUGCAAUGUGUCUUAACGGAUCGGCUGUGUCAGUGCUACAAUGGUCUGACAUUGACCACUGAAUCGUCGGUGCAAUUAUUUGGUACCCUAAAACCGGUGCCAGAAGGUAAAUCUGCUCCUGGAGGCCACGAAUUGCAUGUCGACUAUUGGGAACUGAUUGGUUUGGCUCCCGCCGGUGGUGCCGAAAGUAUACUCAACGAAGAAGCACACCCGGAUGUACAAUUGGAUAAUCGCCAUAUUAUGAUUCGUGGUGAGAACACCUCGAAAAUUCUUAAAAUGCGUUCUGUUGUCAUGCAAGCAUUCCGUGACCAUUAUUUGCAACGUGGUUAUUGUGAAGUCACACCACCAACUCUUGUUCAAACUCAAGUAGAAGGUGGCUCUACUCUCUUCAAACUGCAAUACUUCAGCGAGGAGGCCUAUCUCACACAAAGUUCUCAAUUGUACUUGGAGACCUGUCUGCCCGCACUUGGCGAUGUUUUCUGCAUUGCUCAAAGUUAUCGUGCUGAACAGAGUCGUACUCGUCGCCAUUUGGCUGAGUAUACACACAUUGAGGCCGAAUGUCCCUUUAUUACAUUCGAUGAUUUGUUGGAUCGCCUUGAGGAUUUGGUAUGUGAUGUUGUUGAUCGUGUUUUGAAAUCACCUUGGGGUCAUAUUGUACGUGAAUUGAACCCAGAUUUCAAACCUCCCACUAAGCCUUUCAAACGCAUGAACUAUGAAGAUGCCAUUAAAUGGUUGAAACAACACAAUGUCACAAAAGAUGAUGGCACAUUCUAUGAAUUUGGCGAGGAUAUUCCCGAAGCCCCUGAACGUAAAAUGACCGAUACAAUUAAUGAGCCCAUUAUGCUGUGUCGUUUCCCCAAAAACAUUAAAUCCUUCUAUAUGUCUGCUUGCCCUGAAAACUCAGAGUUAACCGAAAGUGUUGAUGUCCUUUUGCCAAAUGUGGGUGAAAUUGUCGGUGGCUCCAUGAGGAUUUACAACAAUGAAGAAUUGCUCAAGGGUUAUGAACGUGAAGGAAUUGACCCCAAACCAUACUACUGGUACACCGAUCAACGUAUCUACGGUGCCCAGCCCCAUGGAGGUUAUGGCCUGGGUUUGGAACGUUUGCUCUGCUGGUUACUUAACCGUUAUCACAUUCGUGAGGUAUGCUUGUAUCCACGUUUCUUGGACAGAUGCAAGCCUUAAAUUCAACUGCGAUUAGGAACGCAACGAAACAUUUAUAAAUUUAAAACAGCAUUUAUACAAAUUGGUUACAUAAAAAAGUAUAAUUUAUAAUAUUAGGUAAAAGUUGCAAGCAACCAGAUACCACAAUAAUUUCCCCCUCCAUACAGCAUGAAAGCUUACAGGAAAUGCUUAAACAGAAAUAAAGAUAUUUCACCCAAUCGAAA